CCGGCACUGGACGGGAUGCUUCUCCUUGCCACUCGCGCGAGAGUCAGCUCGCUCCUGGCGGCGAGUUGGCCAUUUUUCUAUCGGCCGACGCGCGCGACGUCGACCACGCUCCGCCCAGUCGCCCACGCGCACUACAAACCCGCAGCCCGCCUCGCAUCGCGCUCGCUUCCUUGGAUCACUCGCCACCUCCACGCCCCAGCCUGACGCCCCCUGCCAUCCUCCUCCCCGUUUCAACGCCUCCUACUAUUUCUUAACUCGCUCCGGCGGUCCGGCCGGUCGGAGCGACCCAUCCAUCUCCAUCCAUCCCUCGGCAAUGGACAAGGCGUUGGCGGGCAUGGCGGACGCGCCGGGGGCGGCGCCGCCGCCGUACGUCAGCCCGUCGGCGGCGUUCCCCAUCGCGAUCGUCAUCGCCAUCGGCUUCAUGGUCGCCUCCGUCAUCCUCGUCAGCUACUACCUGCUCGUCGUCCGCUGCUGGCUCCGCGCCAGCGGCGCCAGCCUGCUCCCGCGCACGCGCCGCGACGAGCUCGUGGACCGCGUCUCCGCCGUCUUCUUCACCGACCACGACGACGACCAGCUGCCCGGCGGCGUCGACUCGGACGUCGUCGCCGCGCUCCCCGUCGUCAGGUGCCGGCCCGCCGGGAAGGCGGUCGAGUGCGCCGUGUGCCUCUCCGAGUUCGCGCCCGGGGAGCGGCUCAAGAUGCUGCCGGCCUGCUCCCACGCCUUCCACAUCGACUGCAUCGACACCUGGCUCCACCACAACGUCAGCUGCCCGCUCUGCCGGACCGAGGUCACCGCCGCCGCGGGCAAGGCCUGCUGCGACGACCACGACGCGCUCGCCGCCCGCGACAGGCGCAUCGACGCGGGCCCCUCGGGGCCGGGGGGCUCCUGCCGGUUUCCCACUCCCAAGCAGGGCAUCGCCGUGCAGGAGCCCAUCAGGCGGUCCAUGUCCAUGGACUUCCUGCCGGGCGACCGCGGACGGAAGCCGCGGAAGGAGGCCGAGCUGCCGAGCCACGCCGACGUGGCCGGCAGCAGCAGCAGCGUGGCCGCCACCCCCGCCGGCGUGGGCGAGACGAGCGGGCGGUUCCGGCGGCUCAUGUCGUCGUUCGGGCUCGGGCGGAGCUCGCGGAGCACGGUGCUGCCCAUCCACCUCGACCCAUGAACCCAUCAUGGCACACACGAUCUCGAGCGGCCGGUUCGUACGUGAUCGACGCUUUUGUGGUUGAUUAAACUCCCCGCUUGCCUGCCUGCCUAAUGUAGCCGAGGAUGGAUGUACGGAUUACUGUUCUGUGUUCAUGCAAGCAAUGUACAGCCCGUAGUAGGAGACUGCUAGUAGUUUUUGGAUGAAUUCCGCCAUUAUUCCAUUGAUUUGUUCCUGCAAUCCA